UGCAUCAUUACCGGUGGCAAUGUGAAAGCUCUGGGGAAAGCAGUGCACUCUCUCUCCCGCAUUGGAGAUGAAGUCUACAUUGAGCCGCUGAAGGAAGGGCUCUCUUUACGUGCAGUAAGUGCCUCUCGCUCGGCAUAUGCCUGCUUCCUGUUUGCUCCACUCUUUUUCCAGCACUAUGCGCCUGGAGAACCAGGGCCUAUCCCUGAUGCAGGCCCCGUCAGAUGUAAAGUGUCUAUGAAGUCUUUCCUGGCCGUGUUCCGCUCACUCUCCUUGCUGGAGAAGACUGUGGAGAAAUGUAUCAUCUUGCUGCGUCUCUGUGACAGCCGGCUCCGUGUGCAGCUGCAUUGCAAGUAUGGUGUUGUCAAGACCCACGACUUGUCGUUCCAGGACUGUGAUUCACUGCAGGCAGUUUUUGACACAGAACAGUGCACCCAUACUCUGCGUGCUCCUCCCAGGUUAUUAGUGGAUGCUGUGGUUCACUUCCCAUUGACUCUGGCUGAGGUGACAAUGGGUGCCAGCCCUGGUGGGAAAGUGACCUUCCGCAGUUACCUGGAAGAAGAGACAGAGGCUGGCCAGAUGAUGGUGACAGAGCUGUGUUUGAGUGAGGAUGAGUUCCAGGUCUUCCACGUCAAGCAGGAGACACAAAUCACUUUCUGCCUUAAGGAAUUUCGGGGUCUUCUAAGUUUUGCAGAGUCUUCAAAUCUUCCCAUUAAUAUCCACUUUGACAUCCCUGGCAGGCCAGCUGUCUUUACAUUAGAGGACCCCCUGUUAGAAGUGCACCUGGUCCUGGCAACAUUAUUGGAGCCAGAUAGUCACAGUUCCCAGAUGACCAACUGGUAAGC